AUGCUGCGCCAGUCGCCCGUCAUGAAGCUGCUCCUGGCAGGUAUUGCUGGGGCCUUCCAGGCGAUGGACCAGGAUUUGUCUCUCCCCCAGUCCCUGAGUAACAUCACCUGGUCCUUGGCCACGCUCCGCAUCGUCGACUUCCGCGUGCUCGAGCUUGCAGGCACUUUAGCCGUGACCAACAUGAAGGACUUUAAAGCUUUCGAGCUCGCCUCACUUCUCUGGUCCUUUGCCAAGCUCGGGACGGCAGAGACUAUGGCACCUGUAGUUGGACCCCUCUUUCGGGCCGCCACCGGCCGCCUUAUGUCUUGCGUGCCUGGUGCCGGCUUCCGAAGCCUUGCCACAGCGGCGUGGGCUUUUGCCACGGCCAAGCAGGCGAGUCAGCGCCUCUUCCGGGCGAUUGCCAAAGAGGUGCAGACAUGCCUGCCCACAGCGAACAGCCAGGAACUGGCCAACAUCGUCUGGGCCUACGGCACCGUAGGGCACCGCGAUGACCAGCUCUUCAAGAUGAUCGCGGCAGAGUGCGUGCCGCGCCUUGAGGAGUUCAAGACCCAGGAGCUCUCCAACACCUUCUGGGGCUUUGCAAGCAAUGACUUCUACCAUGAAGCAUUCUUCCACAAGGCCUUGAUCCUCGCAAGGGGGAUGCAGCUGCAGCCACAGCACGUAGCCAACAUCCUAUGGGCUGCUGCCAGACUGCAGCGGAAGCACCCGGCAGCCAAACAAGCUGCUAUGGACAUGAUUCCGGGCUGCCUGCCCUUUAUCACAUCUUUCAAACCUCAGGAGGUGGCCUCCACGGCCCACGCUGUAGCGAAAAUCUUUUCCGCCGAGGCAGACGCGUACGAUCUCUCUGCGCCACCUCAGAUUCCUUUGCAAAUCUCCAUGUUUUUUAGCGCCAUUACGCCCUGGUGCCAAGAGCACAUCACCAUGUUCUCCGACCAGUCUUUAGCAAACAUCGUCUCUUCUUUUGGCAUGCUACGAAUCCAUCUCCACCCCUCGCUACUGGCUGUUGUGGAGCAGCAAGUUCUGGCCAGACUGAAGGCAUCCGACCAUGCUGCGCUCGUGGUGUUCUUCCGAGCCGCAGUCCAGUGCCCGCAGUUGGAGCGUCUACGGGCCCAGCUGGCCACCACAGUAGCCUCGGAGUUGGGGAACUUCAAGAGCAAGGAACUCCGUUCCCUGGCCUUCACGCGAUCAGUGAAGCUGGGCAUAGUGCAUCAAGACGCAGAUCCCAAUGUGGAGGACCUCCUGAGAUGGUGCCUCGAGAUGACGCAGCCCAUCCAGGCCCAGUCCAUCCAGCCCCUCCAGCCGAUCCAGUCCCGACAGCAGGAGCAAGAGGAUUUGGCGAAGAAGGCGGCCAUCAAUGCAUGUGCGCAAGCGAGUCUGGAGAUGCGCUUGCAGGGGCAGCUGCAGCAGGAGUUGCUUUGGCUGCAGCAAGCGCAGGCACAAGCACAGGCCCAAGCAGCGCGAGCUGCAGCGCAGGCUGCGGCUGCCCAGGCCGCGGCAGCGGAGAGGGGCAUGAUGCUACGUGCAUCCCAGGGGCUCUCGAGCGUGCCAGGCGUCUCCGGUGUUCCGGGCGUCCUCGGACCGGGUCAGGGAAUGAUGGGGGCCGAACCGCUCCCGAACAGCGGCUGUGGCUCCUGUAGGUACCCAGCACCGCAGCUGUCACCACCGCCACUCCCUUGGCAAUCGCAGGCAGUGCAGCCGGUACAGCCGCAGCUGUCCCAGCUGUCGCAGCUCUCGCAGCCCUGGAGCUUGCCAAUGGGAGGCCCACAGAUGCAGGCCAACAGCCCUAGCCUUCCCCGGCAGCUUCCACAAGCACCAACCCUAGACCUUCCUCGUGCAGACCUUGUACCGCCACCACAGGACCUGGCAGGUGUCGUGGCUGCUGCGGGCCCCGCGCCAGUGCUACAAAAGCCUGGCAGCCAACCGCAGGAGGAGACAGGACGUUACCCGCGGAAGCCAUCCAAGAAGUUGAGCUCACCACGUGAGGUGCCACCAGCAGGGCUGUCCGCAUCGUCGGGCAGCAAAGACAUCACCCUAACAUCUGAGCCGCUGGUUCCCAAUGUUGGGGAGGAAGACGACGACCUUUUUGAUUUCCAGUGGCCUGAGGGGGUUCCAAGGACUGCCCUGCACCCCCGUGGACUCUCUGCCUCGGCGGGUCUUACUGCCUCUGCCAACCUCAUGGGCAGCCGUAGCUGUGGAGAAGACCUGUUCACCGAGUUGAAGCAGGAGUUGCAGCAUCCUAUGAAUGCUGGCUUUGCUACGCCGACGCAGUCGACGGACCUUAGCUUCUUGACGCAGAUGCGGCAGAAGCUUCUGCUGAGCCAGGACAUGCAUGGCUUGGAGGAUGGCCUACAACUGACUGAAAUUUCCCGAAGAGUUUCACCCGGCACAGCGGAGUAA